CCCCUGGGUCACAGAUUUCUACGGUCACAGAAUAUGGUGUAACAGUCAUCUGGAGUGAGGACCCUCGUGCUUUGUUGAAGUUAUGAAUGGCGUAUCUUUUAAUCGCUUAGAACAGGAAAUGCUUUAUUACCACCGUUGGAGAUCAAAGACCGUUAUUCUACUUUUUGUAUAUUUCCUUAUCUGCGUCAGAAUAUCAGGUGAAGAGGUUAUUGGGCAUGACACGGCAGUUGAAUAUGGAGAAAGAGCCAACUUGUUGUGCCAUCUGACUGAUACUAAGGAAGAUAUAACUCUUAUUAUGUGGAAGAAAACAACAAAAAGAAAAACUGAGGAGGACAUUUUUUUUGUCAUUCACCAAGAUGACAAAACAGAACAUAUAAAUGGAUUGGGGGACAGAGUUCAAUUCAUUGGGAGCUUUGCAGAGAGAAAUGGAUCAAUUCAGCUGCGGGGAAUGGAGUUUCUGGAUGAAGGGACCUACACAUGCAUCUUCAACCUUUUUCCUAGUGGGCCAAUAGCGACUUACAUCAAGGCCUCUGUUUUUGCUCGUCCUGCUGUUACUGUGAAAGGGGAGGAGCCUGUUAUUGGUUGUUUAGAAGUGAUUUUGGCAUCCUGCUUUGCCUCAAAUGCACGGCCUGCAGCAGAAGUGACAUGGAGAUUAGGAGAGCUGGAAAAAUCUCUGAAGACAAGAACCAACCAUACAGUGAACGCCAAUGAAACCAUUACAGUUGUAUCCUACCUACUAGGUGUCCCAUUCAAACAUCUACACAAGAAGAACAUCCAGUGUGUGGUAAAACACAACAGCCUGACAGAACACCUUGUACUGAACUACACAAUAGACAUCCAUUAUCCUCCUGAGUCAGUAAUUAUAAUCCCUGAUAGUUCAACAGAUGUCAACGAGUUCAGAUGUAUAGUGGACAGUAACCCUCAACCAACUCUAAAGGGCUACAACUGGACAAGAGUCAACAAAAGUAGUCAAUUUUUUGAAGGAAACAGGCUUCCUGUACCAAACAUGACUCCGGAGUUGAAUGGCUUAUACAUCUGUAAUGCUUCAAACAAAUAUGGAAGUGCAUUAGGUUCACUGUAUGUGAAUGUUCAUGCUGAACCAAGCAGUGUCUGUUGGGUUCUCUUCGUUUUACUCAUCAUUGUAGGUCUUGCAGUUACUGUUGGUGCGAUUUACAAACUCAAGCCGGGAUGGAUUCCAGUACCAUCGUUUAACACUGAAAGAGACCAGGAUUCAACACAGCCAAGAGACUCACCAGUUGAUCUGUCACCUGUUCAGGCAGAUGCUCCACCGCAAUCCAACCCAGAGAGUCCACCAAGUGAGGGCUCUGCAGAAGAAAGAAGGACAGCUGAGAUUUAACUACGUACGUUGAACUCCCAUCUGUCAUCUGACUCGUCUUUCGCAUUGACUUCUGACUUUAAAGUUGUGAGGAGCCUGCAGCAGUGCACCUUUUCUAAAGACCCCAUCAAGAAGGAAUAGAGGCAGUGAUGAGCACUCCUGACAAAAUGUUUUAGGCCCCAUUUACACUAAAACAUUUUAGUUUUAACAUGGCAUUUUAGAAUGAAACCACUGAAAACACACAUCACGUGACCACACACACACAACCUCUGGCAUGCUCUGCAUUGAUAAGAGACUGUUCAUCAAGGAUCUGCUCGACGUGUCCUCUGGAGUUUGUUUUUCCAUAUCAAACCUGCAAAGUCUGAACUUACAAGGAGAGUAUCCAGGUCUGAUCAGGGUUCCCGCGGGUCCUAAAAAGGUUUAAAUGUCUUAAAUUAAAAUCUAGGAAAUUAGGGUCUUAAAUUGUCUUAAAUUUUACCGUAAAGUGGCUGUAGGUAUUAAAUUUUCAGCCGGUGUGCUUAAUGACGACAGGGAAGCACAGUGGUCUACAGUAAAACAUCUAAUAGUUGAUUAAUUUAGUAUGUGUGAAACAGGAGAGAAAUGACAGUCUCCGUGAUUUAUUAGCUUAUUACUACAGAGUAUAGACGCUGAUGCACCUGCGUGCUGUCUUUACGCGGUUGUUGAUGUGAGGUUCAAAAUGCAAAGAUGGGAAAAUGUAAAUUUAACGACAUGGCAAUGAAGCAAUAUGUAAAUUCAGCAAAAAGACCUUUUCGUUAGGGAUCAUGGGGCUCAAUGCUGUCGAGUCGCACAUGAAAGGAGGAAAGCAGCCGCAGGACGUUGCAGCAGCUAGUCAUAGCGGGUCCAGGUUAAUCCUUGCAUUGUUUGCAGCUCAACCUAACAAUGCUACUAGUUCAGACUAGAGCUGAAGAUCUUUGCUGGGUUCGGACUUUAUUUCUAUCAUUUUAGACGGGGUCGUGCUGGGCUUGGGCUUGCGCAGUAAAUGAACAGUCAUGUGAUGUAUUUCGAUUAGCGUGAGGAAGUAAUCAAAUAGUUUGUUACAACAUUGAAAUCCAUCCAUGCAAAAGUAUCACAAAUGAUGACAGAGAUGUCAAAAAGAGCGAAUUUUGUCAGCAGUCAGGCCAGUCACCAGUUAAAUUUGAACAGUCAUUCUAGUCGCCAAAGUAUAUCGGCGGUCGCUUAUAUACUGCGUAUUACGGUAGAGCACUAAGGAGCAGUGGCCAGCGAGCUGACAGGGAAGAUGACGAGGUCACUUGCUGCAUUGAAACCGCUGUCAUGAAAAAUUAAAUGAAUGUUCUUGACUGGUGGAAGAUGAACAAACAAUCCUACCCAAAACAUGCUAAAUUAGCCAGAUCAGUAGUGUAUCCUGGCCAGCAGCAGCAGCAGAGAAAGGGUGUUCAGUGCUGCUCAGUGAGCGAAGGACUGCACUUAAGUCAUUAACAGUGGAUUCAAUAAUGUUCCCCCACAAAAACACAUAGCCUAAUCUUGAUGAGUAAAUAAUUUCAAAUUAUAACUAAAUAUUAAUAAAGCCAUCAAUUCAUAAUGUAGUCAGAGUAUACAGGCUAAUGCUGGCAUUAUUCUUUUAUUAUUUAGCUUCACUAUCGCCUUAUUGUCAGGAGAAGUGGCAAAACAAAUCCCACAGAGCCUUUAUCUUAAUUUCGUUAUUACCAAAUACCUGUCAUCAUUUAUCAUUCAUUUCAUUCAUUUU